GCGCCCCGGCCCCCGGCCCGCCCGUAGCCCGCCCGCGGGCCGCCGGCCCGGCAUGGCGCUGUCGUUGCCCGCCCUGACGGUGCUGGUGCCCCUGCUGUCCCUGGCGGGCCUGCUGGGCUCGGCCCGGCUGGACCCGGCCUUCCCCCGCAGCUGCGCCGGCGCCGCCGGCCUCUGCUUCUACAGCCUGCUCUUGCCCCUCGUGGGGCCCGUCUUCGUCUUCUUCCGCCUCUGGGCCUGGAUGGGCAUCAAGCUCUUCCGCCACAACUAGCGCCCGCGGGGGCAUCCGCGCCCCCCUCCCCCGGUCCCGGCCGGCGCCCCCCUUCCUCCCGUCGAGGGAUCGGGGGGGGGGGGGGGGGCGAGCCCGGAGAACGUCGGAUCCGCCGACCUUCCCCCGGAGAGAGGGAGCCCCGUCGGUCGGCGACCCCGCGUUCCCGGGGCGCCCGCCGCGCGCGGAGCGGCGUGACGCGCGCCGGGGAGGACCACCGGACGCGGUCGACGGGGGGGG